UCCGGCUGCCUCGGCUCUCCGCUCGCAUCGGGACUUUGGCAGGAAUGUUUUGCGGGCUUCUCGCGGCGAAGGCUCGGGGUUUCCGUGCCCUGCGGGGAUUUUGAAGUGGAUACCGGUGCAGUGCGAAGACGGAUGAUGAUGAGGAUCAUGAUGAUGAUGAAGAUGAUAUUGGUGCGCGUGCAGGAGACUCCAUAGCCAUCAUCCCAGCCUUGAAUUGUGUGUAAAAUUCUCAUAAGGAACCAAAUGGGAGCCACUAGUGUCGCCCCGAGCUGCGCUGGGGUGACCUCUGGGUGCGGCUAGCCAGCGGACAGGAGCCCUUUAACCCCGCCCCCCUCUCCCCCCGCCCCGCCCCUUUCUGCUCCAGCUGCCAUGAAGCAGUGGAGGAAGCUGCUCCUGGUGGCCAUGUUGGCCUGGCUCGUCCUCUUCCUGUCCCUGCUCUCUCACUUCCUGGAGCUGCGGUCCAGCACGAUGCCCCGCAGCCGCUCCAAGGCGUCCGGCCCCUCCCUCACCCGCACAGAGAUCCGCCGCCUGGCCUCCAUCCAGGGGGGCCCUAACCCCGGAGGCAAAGGGACCCCGAACUCUUCCCUCGCCCCGCUGAUCCAGGGCGCGAGCUGGCGGGAGCAGCGGCGGGCCGGACCGCCCGGACUCCCCCAGGAGGUCCUCCUCCCGGACACCCAGGAGCGGCACGGAGGCCCACGGGAGGCGGGGGUGUUGUUCAGGCCGGGGCGGGGCAGCAGCGUGACCGCCUGGAGCCUAGAGGAGGACAGGGAGGAGCGCAGGCAGCGGCAGCGGCGAGGGAGGAGGAGGUGGAGCGCGGCGCAGCGCGGCAGCAAACCCACAUCGGACGGCUUCCCGGGCGUCAGGGCGGAGGCGGUGCACCAGAGGCUGUGGAGGAGCAACAUGUCGGCCGCCAUGCUCAGCCCGCGCCUCCAAAAGGCCCUGAGGGUGUACCUGAACUCCAACAAGCACCACGUGGCCUACAGGGGGCAGCGGCGCGGCGGGCGCAGCGGGCACGAGGUGCAGUGCGAGCUGAAGCGGCGGGCCCGGCUCAGGAUGCUGGACGGCCGGGAGGAGCCCUUCGCCAGCCUGGGCUGGGCCGCCCUGGUGCCCCCCCGGCCCCUGGAGCAGCUGCAGGCCUCCGAGUACCAGACGUGCGCCGUGGUGACGUCGGCAGGAGCCAUCCUCAACUCCUCCCUGGGACAGGAGAUAGAUUCCCAUGAUGCCGUGCUUCGCUUCAAUGCGGCGCCGACGAAAGGCUUCGAGAAGGACGUCGGCAACAAGACGACCAUCCGCAUCGUCAACUCCCAGAUCCUGGCUCGACCCAAACACCAGUUCAACACCAGCUCGCUGUACCAGGACGUCACGCUGGUGGCCUGGGACCCGGCGCCGUACUCCGUCGACCUGCACAAGUGGUUCGAGAAUCCCGACUACGACCUGUUCACGCCGUAUAGCGAGCGCCGCCGCCGCCGCCCCGACCAGCCCUUCUACAUCCUGCACCCGGCCUUCAUCUGGCGGCUGUGGGACGUGAUCCAGGCCAACACGGAGGACAACAUCCAGCCCAACCCGCCCUCCUCGGGGUUCAUCGGCAUCCUGCUGAUGAUGGCGCUUUGCCGGGAGGUGCACGUCUACGAGUACAUCCCCUCCGUGAGGCAGACGGACCUGUGCCACUACCACGAGCGAUACUACGACGCCGCCUGCACGCUGGGCGCCUACCACCCGCUGCUCUACGAGAAGCUGCUGGUCCAGAGAAUGAACAUCGCCUCCGAGCACGACCUGAGGACCAAAGGCAAAGUCACCCUGCGUGGAUUCAGUGCUGUCGACUGUGAGCCCGCCGGGGUUUGACCUUUUCGAUAUUUGUAGCAGACCGCCAUGGCAGGUAUAUCAGACAGCGGAUUAGUUUUUGUCGCCCAGUGCCGAUGUGAUGGAGGUGAGGAUUGUACUCAACACAUUUCUACGGCGACAGUCUGUAAAGCCUGUGGUGAAACCUGCCUCACCUUGCCUUAAGGAGCUGCUGGCCCAACUAAGAGUUUUGUUACCAUGGACGUUAGUGUCCCGUCAUCUGAAUGCUGCUUCAGAGGCUUUUCCAUCGUGGCAAGGAUAAAAUCCCAGAGGAAAAAAAACGAAGAUUUUUUUUUUUUAUUCUUGCCACGACAACAUUCAAAUUGAUAUGUACAUUACAAAAUAUCAGCUUUUGGCAGCUUCACAAUCUAAGAAUAUCAGUUUUGUUAUCGGCCUUCAGAGAUUCACAUCGGUCAAACCUUUGCCACAGAAGAAGGAUCGCAGUAAGCGUCCGAGUCCUCAUUCCUUCAAGCGUACUCUUCUCUCUGAUGGAUUUGGGAGCUGGAUAACGUCGUCAAAUGCCCUCACUAACUCUUUAAUCGGGGGCAAACGUACAGCUCAAAGGAGAGGAUGGGAGCGAGGUCACACUUUCAGCAGCUGUCUUUCUUUGCCUUAACUCUCUCGGUCUUAAAUUAAAGCAUCGGCAGUGGCCGCUGCAGCAGAGACAGCCAGUCGCUGUCUUCACGCUUUCCCAAUGUGGCUUUUACAAGUGCACAUUUUUGAGGCGGAACUGACAAGAAGGGUGUACAGAUAGUUAUUAGAAAAGAUAAUUCAAAGUUAUGUCUGAGAAGCGUCAGCUGAUUUUCUCGGUUGUUGCGGCAGCUGGGAAAAAAAAAAAUCCCUCUAGCAAUAGCUCACAUUUAAGAGGUUAAAGGCAUGCAGGCGUCAUGUUGUUCUAUCGUCUGUUCAAGUCGUUUCUGUGGAAUGGCUCCUUUGAUUUAAGAAAAAAAAAAAAAAAGAAGUAGAAGAAGAAGCCCCAAUCCAGAUAUAUAUUUUUUUCAGUUCAUCCAAACACAAAGCCGAUGCAGAGAUAGGCCUUGUUAAAGAAGAGCGGAGACUUCCAGAACGUGCUGUGAUUCAAGAUUCAGGUCAGUUUUGGCAACAAACAGCCGACGCAAACGAAACGGCUCCAGCUCCAAAACACGAUUAACUCAUGCACAGACCGCCAACAGACGUGCUGCUAUGCUCUCACUCUGGAUUGGGGCUUUUGUGUCAAUAAUUAUAAAGGGAUACCUCACCCAAAACCUACACACUGUGCACCGUUCACUCAGCCCAAGGUGUCCUGAAUAGCUGACAAAGAAAGUGUUUUUAUUCAAACAGCUGAGCAGCGACUUUGAUAAACAGUAACAAAAGGGAUACGAAAACACUGUUGUGAAAUCUCUGUUUGUACGUUCAAUACAUCCCAAACCAACAUUUCUCUAAAAACAAUGUUAACUUCUCUUGAAAAAUCCGGUGGAGAAAGUUGAAUUUGUUGAACAUGUAAGCCAGUCGAACCCAGGAGAAGUGGUUUAUCUUGCAUUUCUUUGGUGAAGGAACAUUGGUUGGAGACGUUCUUAAGAGCCAAAUGGAGAGUUAAAACAUGAAUUGUGAAACGAAAGAUUGAAAAAGAGAACUUGAGAAAUAGAAAUUGAAACGGAAGAUUUCUUAUCCUUUUUGCCGCUGAUUAUUGAAGUCAUCAUCAACUUAGGCUUUUUUCACUGAAUGUACAAGAUCUUGAGGAGAGUAAAUAAUACAAAAUGGACUGUUUUUGGGUGAAGUAUUCCUUUAAAGCUGCACUAGGCAAGUGUGCACUUUGGCGACCCCAAGUGGCAGCAGGUGAUAACUGCAUGUUUUGUUUUGUUUUUUUAACAGAAGUACUUCAUUACCUUCAUUUCCUCUUGGCGUUUGUUGGGAAAAGAUGAUAAAGAGGUUCAUCCAAUCGUUUAGGAGCUUUUUAGGAGACAGUUUUGGAUUUGACUCCUGCGUCUCACAACUUAACCAAGAAUUUAAUCUGAUUCAAUUAGCGGUGAUGGGACGCUCCUCUCUGUUGGGAUUUAAAUCUUUUGCAUCGAAACCUUGCCUAGUGCUGCUUUAAGGGCUUUAACUCUGUCAUUGGUGGCUAAACAUAGUCUCUUGUUAGGAAAACGGAUUAUGAUAGAAGUGAAUGACUUUUGUUUUGAUUGUAAUGUAUUACUGAGGUAAGUUCUGUAAUGCGUAGUCCCAUAAUCUGGGAGAUUCUCGAGAAUGUGAUUGUGUUUAAUUUGUUGGGUGUUGAUGGUCAGGGGCCAGAUUUCGGUCAGCAUCUGACUUCUCUUAAUUAAUUUUAUUAUGUAAUUCAGGGAUAUUAGCUUACCAUAGAUCAGGGAGCAUGCCUUCAGACCUGUUUUUGGACAUUUUUACACAUUUCGGGCUUUGAAUCAGCUUUUGUCCAGACAGUUUUAUUCAAAAUUCAUCAUUUUCGGUUGGAAGCACGCUUGAUAUAUUCACUUUUAUGGCCAGUUUCAAGGACUUCUACAGUGCUAAAUUAUUUACGGAAAACUUAUCUGAUGUAACGCUUCCGCAGACACCGGGCGGAUCCUCACGGGGGGGAAUUCUGCCAAAAUUUGACUCGCUUAAUGAGUAAAAUUACAAGUGGUGAAACUCGUUCUGAAACUCUGAAAUAUGUCGUGGUUUGUGUCCUGGGUUUUUGGGCGGCGUGGCUGCAGGCGAGGCGCACACCUCGACACACGGAGUGCCUCUCGGCGGCGAGUUACAACGGCCUCGGCACAAAAGGCCGCUUGUUCCCCAACACCGAGUGAGAUCACCCGUUGACUGAUAAGGCUUUGUGUUUACUGGCCUCUGGAAGCAAUCUGUCUCAUGCAUGUUGUAUAUAAUUUUUUAAUCACUGACAGGCUCUUACACAUACAUCGACUCCGAGAAGAAAAAGAAAAAAGAAAAAAGGAUUUGUUAUCCAGCACUUAACAGCCAGUUUCUGACAAGAGUCUUGUUAGCGCGUCUGCAUUCCAUAAAGUAUUGUUUACCCAUAAUAACCCGAUUGUCAAACUGAUUUCUCCCGGCCUUGGUGUCCGUAUAUGGCGCACUGUGUAAACAAGGGUUGAAUUUGUUUUAUUUCUCUUUGGGAAAUCGAGCCAGCUGUAAUGAAACGCAGCUAUGAAUAGUUUUAGAGGCCCCUCGUACAGCUGAGAUGCCUCUGGCGGUGAAAACAGACUUGAUAUUGUGCCAAAACGAUUGCCGGGUGAAAGCCUUUGCUGCUACGAUAAGCUUGACAGGUCCUAACCACUGUAUCGCUGUCGCUGGACGAAAACCACAUAUCUGCACUUUCCAGGAACGGGGGAAAAGAUUGAAGUUCCUCCCUGAUUCCUGUGCGUUUUUUUUUGUUUGUUUUUUUGUUUUUUAAACAGUACACACCCAAUAAGGUUUUCAUUAGGAGAUCAAGGAAAUAAAGCAACCGCUCAAUGCAAAAAUGACAAUAUCAGCUGGUCAGCAAAGUGAAAUUGAAACGCUAACAUUGCAGCCUCUUGUUUCUUCCACAACAGCAGCCGUGUAUUUUCAAGGCGCAGACUUCGGCGUGUUGUAAAUAUGACCAGAUCCAAUCUACGCCCUUACCAUGUGUCGGUGUUUGUCAUUGGGUUUAAUGGAUUGCACAGAGAGACAGCAAUAGAAUUGUCCUCAUUUUUUUUCUAGUGUAAGAGGCCUGUGUUAAGGAUAGGCUUUCUGUAGGCACUUGAGAGAAAAAGUGCAGUAUUUCACAUAUUGUUUUCUACUUGGACUAAAUAAAGCUGUACUAGCUAGUA